GAUGACGCGCUCUGUCUGCCCUUCACAAAGAUGGCGCCGGUAGCUCGCGCAAGCCGUUGAGCGGAUUUGAACGUAAGUGCGCGGGCCGCGGGCUCCCGCCUCAGUCGUUGCCGGUAACGGCGACCGCGCUGAGCUGAGUCUCAUCACACGGACCACAGUAUUACAACCAGGAUAUGGACGGUGAUGCCCAUAUGCUGAACGGGUCAAUGUUUCAUAAUUUCAGCGAAUUUGAAGAUUGGGAAGAGAGCGACUUGGAAGGGUCAGACGUGAAGGAUAUGAAAGUGGAAGCUGAGGCAGUGGUUAAUGAUGUCAACUUUGCUGUUAACCACAUGGCUGUCUCAAAAAUGCUUCCAAUCAGAGAGGAUGUUGCCUACAUUAACGUGGAAACAAAAGAAAGAAACCGAUACUGCCUUGAACUGACUGAAGCAGGACUCCGGGUGGUAGCCUAUGGCUUUGACCAGGUGGAUGAGUCAUUGUCGAUGCAAUACCACGAGACCAUAUACUCCCUAUUAGACUCGCUCAGCCCUGCAUAUCGGGAUGCCUUUGGGAACGCACUUCUCCAGAGACUGGAAGCAUUAAAAAAAUUACAGCAGUAAAAAGCCCGGACAGUCUGACAACCCAUCUCUCAAUAUGUUUUCUUCAAGUGCACUAACUUUAUGAUCCAAGUUUAGGCUGCAUGUACCUUACAGAGCGUUAACAGACGGUUUGUUCUCUAUUUCAUUCUCGUGCAGUGUUACGGUUAGUUUCUUCCAGUAUUCCCCCUUUGGUUCUCAAAGGGUUUUCAAGUUAUCCUGUUGAGAUAGAGCUAAAAAUGGAACAGAUCAGUUGUGAUUCCUGUGGGCUUAUUCAUGCACUGCAAGAUAAAACAGGGCAGUGGGGAUUCUUAAAGGUUCGGGAUGGAAGUGAAGCCAGUGAUCAGUAUUCGGUUCAUGCCCUAGCAUAUGGUAGACUUUCUCAUCUCACAGCUUCUUGUUAAUUUAGUUUCAAUAUACAUGCUGUCUUUUGAGCUGUUCACUUGUUAAUGUAACAAAUAUUUCUUUACUCUGUACACCAAAAACGUGAGCAAAUAUAAAGCAGAUUCCAAAGUGAGAAAAAUCCACUGUUCAACUGUUAGUGUUUAAAAAUGAACAAAUAAAAUAUUUUGGCCACAGC